AUGGAGCUGAGCAUCCUCCGCCCCGUGCCCUGCAAUGUGACACGGAGCAGAGCGUUCCCAGCCCCGCAGAGAGCCAGGCCUGGGUACGUCCUACUUGGCCUCCUGCUCAUCUUCCCAGCUCCCAUGAGCAGAUCAGCACCAGGCUCCAAAGGCCUUGCUGCGGCUUCCAAUCCCUUUAUUCAGAGAGCCAGAUGUUAUGCCAGGCCUGUAAGAAGAAAAAAGAAAGACUUCCCCAGUCAUUUAGAUGACCUUCCUCCAACAAUGCUGAAGAAAGAUUAUGCCAAUGUACCAAUAAUAAAUAGCGUUGACGAUGUAGUGAAAAGAUUAUUGUCACUGGAAAUGGCAAGCCAGAAGGAGAAGAUGAAGAUAAAGACUCAGCAGCUAGUGGAGAAGGUCAGGAGGUCUCCCAACGACAAUGGCUCCUUUGAGGUGCAAAUUGCUAUGUUGACUGCCAAGAUUCGCACUUAUGAGGAACAUCUUCAGAAGCAUCCCAAGGAUAAAAAAAAUCGUCGUUGCAUGCUGAUGGAUAUAGAUCGCCGGAAGAAACUCCUUGCAUAUCUUCGCCGUGUCCGCUAUGAUAUCUUUGAAAACACUUGCAAGCAGUUGAAUAUCCAGUACACUUUGCCCCCUGCCUACUCCAGAAGGAUCACCAAGCGCUGGCUCGUUAAGAAGGCUUUCUGCCUCAAGGUUUUUAAGGAGGCGCAGAAGCUGAAAGCACCAGAGAGGCUGAAGCAGAGACAAGAGUGGCGAGCGAGAGCAAGAGCCAGAGCUGAACAGGAGAAACAGGCGCAGCAAAGCGAGGGCACCCCUGUGUAGCAGCAGGCUGAGCAGAUCUUGUUCUGUCUGCACGUGAUAGAGCCAGUCACUUCACAAAUAAAUAACUAACUACGGA